GUAUCAAUUUGGUCAAAAAGCGGGUGAUAAAAUGGGGCCUCUGGGACCCCAGACAACCAGGCAGUCAAUAAUGUCAGCAGAACAGGAGGGUUACAUCCAUACCCAGCUAUGAAAUGUCAAACCAUAAACUAAAAUCCUCCCAAAAGGACAAGGUACGGCAGUUCAUGUCCUUUACUCAAGCCGGGGAGAAGACCGCAGUAUACUGUCUCACUCAAAAUGACUGGAAACUAGAGGUGGCCACGGACAACUACUUUCAGAACCCAGAUUUGUACCACAAGGAAUCCAUGAAAAGCUCAGUGGACCGAAAAAAGCUGGAGCAGCUUUACAAUCGAUAUAAAGAUCCCCAGGAUGAGAAUAAGAUUGGGAUCGAUGGAAUUCAACAGUUCUGUGAUGACCUCAAUCUGGAUCCGGCCAGCAUCAGUGUUCUGGUUGUGGCAUGGAAAUUCCGUGCAGCAACACAGUGUGAAUUCAGCAAGAAAGAGUUCAUUGAUGGCAUGACAGAGCUGGGGUGUGACAGUCCGGAGAAGCUUCGAGCUCUUCUGCCCAGAUUAGAACAGGAUCUGAAAGACAGCGGAAAGUUCAAAGACUUCUACCAGUUCACCUUCAACUUUGCCAAGAAUCCUGGACAAAAAGGUUUAGAUUUAGAGAUGGCAGUAGCAUAUUGGAACCUGGUUCUGGUUGGACGUUUUAAGUUCCUAGACCUCUGGAACAGAUUUUUAUUGGAGCAUCAUAAGCGAUCAAUUCCCAAAGACACAUGGAACUUACUCCUGGAUUUCGGCAACGUGAUUGCAGAUGACAUGUCAAACUAUGAUGAAGAAGGAGCAUGGCCUGUUCUCAUCGACGACUUUGUGGAAUACGCUCGGCCAAUCGUGACAGGAUCAAAACGCAAAACUGUAUAGUAACACUGCCCCUGGGCGAGAA